CGAUGACGGAUGUGGUGUUGAUGAGGACAACGUCGAAGAGGAGAACAACGAGAGGGAGAGAGAGAGAGAAUCGUGAGGAAACUAUGCACGACUGCGAGGGUUGGGAGUCUCAACAAUACUAUGAGGAGGACGACGGGGGCGAUGGAGAAAACAAUCAUGCCUAUCCUGUAGGUGAUGACGAUGAACGGCAAGAGCGGUCGGCUGAUGUGGGGGUCAACGACGCAACAGGAGAGCGGUCGGAGGCCAGUGUCCAAAAUAGGAAGCGACAAUCUUCAACAAGUCCAACGGCGGCGGCGGAUAAGCGYGCUGCGAAGAAACUCACUGUCGCUGCAUCUCGACAGGCGCUCAAAGCUUCUCAAGAGGCGGUCGCUGAAAGCGUGAAGAAACGAAAAGGGUCCGCGUCGACAAGGGCGACAAAAGCGGAUAAACGUCCACCGAAAAGAAAGCAGAUGGUGGAUGAGGGUGACUCUGGAGACGAUGCCGAAGGGGUUCCUCCAAGAGAUAUGUCGAAACACACGCAACCUUCCGCCGACGCCCGUGAUGAAGCCAUCGACAUAACACGGUGCUUCUUCUUGGAGUUCGAUGAAGAUGGGUUUGCAAAGAAGAAAAGGGAACACAUUGAAGUGGACGUCACGAAGAUCUUGCCAAUCCCUGAAGGUAACAUCCUCUUCAACCAUAGAACGUUGGACGAAACGUUGGUGCAGUCCAUAUAUGAUGCCAUCCAUCAUGCGGCCAAGGAAACCAACGGGGAGUGGGAUUUCAUGACUUUCAUCCUCGCUCCCAUUGUGCCCAACAGGGACGGGUCUCAAGGCAGACGGAUCACACCGGAGCAAUUUGAUGUCGAACUGGCUCAUACAUACAACUAACACUAUACACUUUCGACAACCUUGAACAAGUACGACAACAUUGCAGUUCGGUACACUGACAUGAUGGCUAUUGUCCUCCACGCCGAGAACGACAAUUUGGACAAUAUAACGAUUGCACCGAAAUUGCGAGCCGAGUUGACAAAUUUGAACGUUGAAGAAAGUGAAUUUGUGAGGUGCUCAGGGGAGAGUAUGGGCGUGGAGGGCGACACCGACGCGGUUUAUUAUUGGAUGGAACGAGAGUCAUCACGUCUCCGAAAACUGUGCAGCUUGUUCAUCAGGGAGGACGAUGGCGUGAUGCUGUUGGGCAGGGCGCAUGCGGGACUGAUUUGGGAACUCGCUAGCGCCGGACAUCACGUGUUUGCGUGUGACGACACGACAAAAGAGCUCACAUACCUUUCCAAGUUUUUGGAGUUUUAUGUGAAGGAUCCGAGGAACAAAUGCAGGUUCGAAAAGACCCAAGUCGAGUACCGCAAGGACCGGGACAUUUACUAUAAGCUUGGCAUGAAGAGGGGGAAAGUGUGGGCUUACUUGUUCAGUGACGCUCCACGGUCGGCGGUUGAUAACGAAUACGUCAUCAAGAAAAGUGAACUCGAGAUAGCAAUGAACGAGUACCAUGGAUCGCACAUGGGUGCUUUCAACAUGUUCGUCGCACGUUGUGAGCAUCUGUAUUUCAAUAUGAAGAAAAGAGCACUGUGAUGCAGGGACUAUGCGAACUUGGCACGUAAAGCGGGGAACUUCAACAACAUCGAUUGUGACGAAGACAGGUCAGACUCCGACCUGGACGUUCCGUCGCGCGCGACACGACGUUCGGUACGGGGAGCAUGUGCCGAGGAGCCGCAAGGGAGCACCAACGCAGAAGCGGAGAAGGCGAGGUCGAGUUUGGGAGCGACACAUGCUAGUGAGGGAGACGUGGAACAUAGAAUGAAUGCAAAGGGAGAAA